AUAAUGUAUAUGCAUGCACUGUGUGUGUGUGUGUGUGUGUGUGUGUAUACAUUACACUGAACUAAUAUAUAUCUGUCAGUAUACUUUAUCGUGAUAUACACCACUGAAGAAAAACGAAACGGACGCUAUUAAUCUCUGCAAACCAAGAUGUCCUUCAAAAUAUGUUUAGGUCUGCGUCUGUAGUUUAAUAAAAAACCUGAAUGUGUUUUAUUUGCCUAGCUUCCCUGUGUGAUGCGUCGUGACGUCACUCAGCUCCAGCACAGCAACAAAGGAGGAUGCGGAGCUGCGCGCGGGAGCCAAAUCCCGUAAAAAUGCUUUUCUUUUGCUUUACGAGACCGACAUAACACACAACCAUGUAACAUUUGUCCGUAUUUAUAUGGAUAAAUGAAGUGGCGCUGGAUUCGUUGGAGGAAGCGGGGGGAGAGAGAGAAUGUACUGGGUCGCGGGUUUCGCCUCCUCCCGCUCGUUCGUGGUUGAUCUUGGCCGGAAUCAGAGCCCGUCCCUCGGCUUGUGUGGCUCUGAUGAGCGUCACUUAUUUUACGGGUACAUAGUAGCCGUCCCUGUGCAGGAUUUCGGCGGGAUCAUGUCGGGAUUGGUAUCGGAUUCCUGGUGGAGGAAGACGCUUUACAUCACCGGAGGUGCCCUGCUGGCUGCGGCUGCGUAUCUUCUGCACGAGCUGCUCUCCAUCAGGAAAGAACAACAGUUGGAUUCUAAAGACGCCAUCAUCCUUCACCAGUUCUCCAGGCCAAAAAAUGGGGUGCCAAGCCUUUCACCUUUCUGCCUGAAAAUGGAGACCUAUCUGCGCAUGGUUGAUCUGCCCUAUCAAAAUUACUUUGAUGGAAGCCUCUCUUCCCAGGGCAAGAUGCCUUGGAUUGAGUAUAAUUAUGAGCAGGUGUGCGGAAGUGAAUUUAUAAUUGACUUUCUGGAGGAGAAACUUGGUGUGAGCCUAAACAAGAGUCUGAGCGCCCAGGAGCAGGCAGUAGCGCGGGCCAUCACCACCAUGGUGGAGGAACACUUUUACUGGACCAUUGCUUACUGUCAGUGGGUGGAUAAUGUUCAAGAGACUCAAAGGAUGCUGGACCUUCCCGGGCCCCUCAGUGACCUGCUGAAAUGGAUCCUGUGUCAGCUGACUGGUGGCAUUGUAAAGCGAGAGAUGUACUGUCAUGGCAUUGGCUGCUUCACUAAGGAGGAAGUUUACACCCUCAUGGAGAAGGACAUGCGCACACUAGCCACACUUCUAGGGGAUAAGAAGUACAUCAUGGGUCCCAAGCUGUCCAGUGUGGAUGCAACGGUGUUUGGUCACCUUGCACAAGCCAUGUGGACGCUGCCUGGCACACGGCCCGAGCAGCUCAUUAAAGGAGAACUGAUCAACCUCGCCAUGUACUGUGAGCGCAUACGGAGGAAGUUCUGGCCCGAGUGGUUUGUAGACUUAGAGGACUUCUGUUACGACAGUGACAACGACGCUAGCAGCGGGACACCCAACUGCAUGCUGGAUCUUGGUCUCUUUUCCAGGACAGACACUUUAGAGGAAAGUGAUCUAAGCCUCCCGUCACACAGUAAUACACACUCACAAGACUCAGACCACUCCGCACGCUCGCUCUCAGACUCUGACAUCGAAGCAGAUGGCUCGGAUGUGGAGCAGCAGCUCAAGGGUAAAAUCUAAUAGAGGUUGAUUUUUAUCUGGUGUAAGAGAGCUUUAUUGGAUGCAUUGUGGCUCCAAAACUAGACUUUGAUGAACCUGAAUUAAAAACAAAAUGUGUGUUCACAAUGUGACAGCAGUCAUGGACAUGUACACCUCAAGAGUUAAACCACGGAAGUUGGACGCAUGUUAAAGAUCAUUCAUUCUCAUCACUGUAAAAACAUUAUGCCUCUGUCCCUCUCAAAACCGUUUGUUUGUCCACAUUAUUAGCAUUCAUUUCAAGGAAACAAAUAUUUCAUGCUUUUUCAGACCACUCAAUACAUCUGUUUUCUCUCAAACUUUAAUCGAACAUUUGCUCCAGAACAGAAUCAUGUAGCAAAAUACUAGCUUGCAUGAUUCCAGGAUGUUUGUGCGAACUUAACAAUUUAACUUUUUAUGACAGACUGAUUUCCUUUGUGCCAGCUGAAACUAAAUCUGUGUGAAUUCCUCCCUCCUGUUCAAACCUAAUAAUUCCUGCUCCCAGAUCAGCUAAAGUACAUAAAAUAGAAUUGAUGGAGAUGGAUAAAAGGAUUUAUGAAGCAUUUAAUCCCGGUUCUACAUAAAAUAACAAAAUGAGAAUCCAAUCUUCACAAAUAUUUAGGCAAAUACAAUAGAACUGAAUCCCUCUCUGUCAUUUUUAUUAGUUAGGGCUCCAGUGUGUGUCAUCGGUGUCGGACUCUUGAUCAGUCUGAAUGGUGCUUAAUGCCUGUGUGCCUGACUGCGAUCAUUUGUACAUGUGUGACAGUCUUUCCUCUUCAUCCCCAUGUGUCUCUUUCUGUUCAAUUCUGUAAUACAGACCGGUUUGCGUAUCCCCACCAGAGGGCACUGUGACCAUUCACAUGUCGAGUGGGCCCUAUGCAGCCACUUGCAUUGCCAUUGCGAGAGUCAGUUCAAGCUUCUGCCUUAAAAGAAAGUUUUAAAUAUUAAUAACAACAGUGAACCUCUAGUGAACACUAAACGGUCAGCUUUGGAGUCUGAUCAUACUUUUUUUCAUAAUUUUUUUUUUUUUUUUUUAUCCGUCUGUUUUAUUUGUGUUCCAAAGUGUAGUGCAAUGAGCAGAUUUGCCUUAGUUGAGGGAAAAUUGUUGUGAUCAACAGCCGUAUGAUGAGUUUACCCUCUUUCUGUUGAAUUUACUUGAAACCCAAGCGUGUACUAAAUGAAUUUAUUUAAAUCCCUUAUAAUGUUUGAUCUUUUAUGCAGAAUUCUGUUGUUUACUUUCCAUAUUGUUGUUUUGCACAUUUUAGCUUAUUGAAAGAAUUUGGACAAUGUAAAGAUAUGGAUUGAUACAUUAGAGGACUUAAAACAGGGUUCAUACAAUCAGUGAGAUAUGUUAUAUGUGUGUGUGUGUGUGUGUAUGAUAUACAGUAGUUACCUGUAAUACAUCAUUUAACUGCAUGUGUGUUUGUGUGUGCGUCUAUAUGUGUGAGCUGGUGUAAAGUUCACCGGUGGAAAUCUUCUAUCAAAUAUCUAUCCCCUGUAUAGAAUCAAGGUUAAAGUUAAAUACACAUAAACCCAGUCUCUUUUGAAUUUUAUGUUAAUAUGAAUUAAUUUGCAACUUAUUUUUGGGAUAUAAAGUAAUAAAAAAAUUAAAUAAAAUUCGGGAGAUGCUCAGCUAAAAAUGGUCUUUUCGAUUCAGUAUAAAUAACAGCUGAAGCAAAAUUCACAUUCAAAAACACGCAAUAAAAUUUUACCCUGUGAUGUAUGUUUAUUAAUAGACUUUUAGAGAUACGUCUGUGUGUUGGGAACAUAGCUGGAUUAUGUUCUCAUAAGAUGUCAGUUUUGCUAUAGAUCUGAUAUUAGAUCUUGAAGCCAUAUCAGAGAGUUAAUUUUCGGUUUUGGAAACAAAAUGAUGUAUAUAAAUAUAUAUACAAGAUUCUACCUUAUCUGAAUCAGCUAUAAAAUAUUGUGCAUAACUGAGACCCUCUCGUGAGUGCUUAGUUAUCCUGAACUGAGUGGUUGUUUGACAAUGAUUGCUCUAAAACAUCAAUUAAAAUAGCUGUGACAAUUUAAACGUAUGCAUGAGGCGCAUCUGGGGUUUUUUUCAUGUUCUUUGUUGUGAAUUUAGUCUAACGCUUUUGUUUGCCUCUUCUGCUUUUAUUAAGUAUUAUGCAACAGUCCUGGUCCUCAAAUUUGACUUCUAGAGUGGUGCUCUCUUGAGCUUUUGACUUUUUGUGUCACUGCUUGUCUGUGGUGUUGGGUUCCAGACAGACUGUCAUUCUGUGCAUUAGUUUAGUUUACCUCAGACGAUUAGUUCAAAUAUUGACUUAUUCCAGAAUGAAACAAACAGCUGUUUUUAUGAGUGAGUCGUUGAAUGAUUCACUGUACCAAUUCGUUCACAACACUAAUUAAUUUAAGAAAGUAAAGAAGUGACUGUUUUAAUGAAUGAGACAUUGAAUCAUUCACUGUGCUGAUUAGUUUAAAACACUGAUGCAUUCAGGAGUGACUAUGUUCACAAUCACAUGCUCUCUGAGUAAGUUUUAUUUAUUUAUUUUUAAUAAGUUAUUACUUUGCAGCCAUUAAAAAAUCUUCUAA